AUGGAUGCUGGACUUGUCGACAAGUCGUCGGAACAAGCCGCAAGCCCGCUCCAAGCCGAGUUGCAGGGCACGAUUCGAAGUGCACUUGGAAAUGGAAGACCUAUCCUGACACACCUCAAUGCUGACACAACUUGGCUCCUAUCGCUCGCUUAUCCUGAUGAUACUUCCCCGCCUGCUGGCCGACUGCGUUACAAUAUCUUGAUAGAUCCGUGGUUGGAUGGACCUCAAGAAGACCUGGCUGGAUGGUUCUCGAGGCAAUGGCACGUGGUCAAGAGCAGUGUACAAACCAUCAGUGAGCUUGAAGACUUAUUACACGAUAUGGAGGCUAUAUAUUUUCAAAGUACCAGGCUAGGUUCUCACAGCGAGGAGCCUGGGACCCAGUGGACAGGCUCAUUUAUUGAUGCGGUGGCGGUCUCGCAUGAAUUCACAGAUCAUUGCCAUAAGGCUACUCUAACCCAGCUCGACCCAAAUGUGCCUGUUUUCGCAACCCAAAAAGCAGCACGGCUGAUUCAAGGCUGGCACUACUUCGAUGCGGUGCUGGAGAUGACUACACUGACCAAAGGAGUGGAUUGGCGGAAGACGAGCCUUGCUCCUUUGCCUGACUGGGUUGGCAUAGGCCGACUGAUAACGGAGUGCGAUUCUCUGCAUCUUCACUCCGCCGUCGUCAUCUGCGUGCGACAGCGUCAGUCACCGAUUGAUGCUGCCGAGACCGUCGUAUAUUCACCCCACGGUGUGGAGGCCUCGACCCUUUCGGUUUUUGAUGGGGCUUCUCCCCCUCUGACGGCCCUAGCUUUUCUCCAUGGAUUGCAUGAUGUCUCGCUUGCUUGGAGCAAACAGCUCAAUUUGGGGGCAUUGAACGCUGUCCGAGCGCAGAAGUUGUUGCGUGCAAAGUAUUGGGUCGCCACGCAUGACGAAGAAAAGCUUGGCUCCGGCCUCAUCGCACCGCUGCUUCGAAGGAAAGUCGUAACAGUGGCCGAGGCUGUACAGAGUCUGCGGGCUGGGCCGGACAAGAACGUGUAUGGCUCCGAGCACUGGGCAGAGGGCCUCGAAUGCGUGGAGUUGAGGAAUGGGGAGAGCAUUUUGUUGGAAUAG